AGUGCGGAUGCGGCCGGAGAGCGGCCCUUCCUCAGGGGCUUUCCUCCUCGCCCCGAACCACGUCCAGGGUGUGGGCGGGUAGCGAAAGGGGGAAAAGGGGAGGCAACCUAAGAGCCAUUACCAUUUGCGGCGAAGGCAGCGACUAACGCAGACUACAUAGAUUGCGCUUCCCCUCGCUUCCGUCCCGUCAGCUCGGGAACCGGAAAUCCGGCUGCCCCGGGUCACGUGCCCAGCCGCCAUCUUGGUUCCGGCGGGAGCUGUACCCGGAAGGGGGUAGGGUAGAGCUGCGAUGCUUCUCAGGACGUAGCUUUCGUCCUGGGGGAAGGGUCUGUGGAAUUUGAGGGGAGGUGGAGGAGAUGGCGGCCUUGGCGCGGGAAGACGGCGCCCGCGGGCAAGUGCAAGGGCGGCGGGGCUGCGAGCACUAUGACAGAGGAUGUCUCCUGAAGGCACCAUGCUGUGACAAGCUUUAUUCUUGCCGGUUGUGUCAUGAUAAGAAUGAAGAUCAUCUGCUAGAUCGCUUUAAAGUAAAGGAAGUGCAGUGCAUAAACUGUGAAAAAAUCCAACGUGCACAACAGACUUGUGAAGAAUGUAGCACAUUGUUUGGAGAAUAUUAUUGCAGUGUGUGCCAUCUGUUUGACAAAGACAAGAAACAGUAUCAUUGUGAAGACUGCGGAAUUUGUAGGAUUGGUCCAAAGGAAGAUUUUUUCCACUGUCUGAAAUGUAACUUAUGCCUCACAGUAAAUCUCCAAGGAAAGCACAAGUGUAUUGAAAAUGUUUCCCGGCAGGAUUGUCCAAUAUGUUUGGAGGACAUUCACACAUCCCGUAUUGUUGCUCAUGUCUUGCCAUGUGGACAUCUUUUACACAGAACGUGUUAUGAAGAAAUGUUGAAAAAAGACUACAGGUGUCCAUUAUGUAUGCACUCUGCUUUAGAUAUGACUAGUUACUGGAGACAGCUGGAUGAUGAGGUAGCACAGACUCCUAUGCCAUCAGAAUAUCAGAACAUGACUGUGGAUAUUCUCUGCAAUGAUUGCAAUGGAAAAUCUACAGUCCAGUUCCAUAUAUUAGGCAUGAAAUGUAAUAUUUGUGAGUCCUACAAUACUCUCGCUCAGUCUGGAGGAUGUAGAAUUUCAGUAGAUCAGCAAUGACCAGCCUAUACUGUACUGGACAACUGAGCAUUUUCUGAUAUAGAAAAAGGCUAUCUUUUUAUCAUGGUGCGUCAGAAUCUGUGUAUUAGAGUUGAUGUGUUUUGUAUUAGUGUCACAGGGUAAAAUCAUAUUACAGGACUUAAGGAUUCAGGGUCUCUUUGUAGAAUUAUCACAGCUCUACGUUGAAUGACAGCCACCAUGCUUGUGUUUUGAUUGGAAAUUCCUUUGGUGUCAGUUGUUUGGAAGUUAAUGUUUGCCACUGAAAUUCACAUCCAUAGAUGUAUUAUACUUACAUGGAACUUUGUUUUAAGUGACACUAUGCACACAGAAUUCCUUUCUAGUUCUUGAUAGAACUGUACUUAAUUCUCAGUAUUAUUCUUGACUCUUUACGGGGUGUGCUGUGAGAAUAUGUUCUAUCUUACUGUUAAAAUCUAAUUACAUAUACUUUAGAAUUUUCUAAGACGGUCCUUUGGAUCCUGUAAGUGUGAAUUAUGAUGUAAUAACUGCUAAUAAAACUAUAUUGAAACAGUA